AUGUUUGUUCCUAAAGCCGGUGGCCGCAAUACUCGCCGGCGCCCGAGAACAAGCUCAGACGACUCUGUCAAGCCACCGAAAGCCAAGAGACAGCGCUCAGUCUUGCGACGCCCGGAUGAAUCCCAUUCCGACACAAACCUUGGGCGUGAGAUCGCCAAAUUGGCUGCACCCACUCCUUCCAAUGAUGACAAUGCCCCUGCGGAUCCAACGAAUACCGGUCUUCAUCUACCGACUCGUACUGCGAAACAAGGUGAUGGUCUUGGACACAACAAUGAGGGGACGAUCGCCCUAUCCAGUACCGAUUUCUACAAUGUGGAUCAGCUGCCAGCCUUGCCAGACCAGAUUCGCGGCUUACAGUCAGGAGAACCGCUCAGGUGCUUUUUCGGGGCCGGCCAUGACCACGCGCUAGCUCUAACUCACUCGCAUGCCAUCGUAUGGCCCUACUCUGUGUCCGCCUCGUCUCCAUCCCCGUCAGACACGUUCACAGUAUCCAUUCCCGAGUCAUGCAGAGAUCCAAAGGGCGCAGUCCCACUCGGCGUUCUACUAUCCACAGCUACAGGAGAGCACCCAGGUUUACUAGUGCUCAUCCCUUCUACCGGGAAAAUCAUUUUCUGGGAAACUGUAUCUAGUGCAGCCUCACUGGGCUUAUCUCGACAGAAACAAAAUGGUAUCCAAGGAUCAACACCUGGCCUGCUGUCUGGCGAGUAUGCCACGGAAAUCCUGAAUGGAGAGCCUUCGGGGAUUAUUGCCACAUUCUCCACAGGACGAGUAGCACACAUUACCUUGAGGGACCCCCAAGGAAAACCAUCAGUGCUCGUCAAUUUCCUGAAAAGUACCGCCGGUGCCAACGUUGGUGGUCUUUUUGGUGGCAUUAAGAAUGUUCUGGGAGGCGGAUACUGGAGGAAAGAAGUCACCGCCGUUCGAGCUGGCGGUUCCCAUCAACGCGGUCAGCGAGAUGUGAUAAUUGCGACUUCUUCUGGGCUGAUUGAGAUAUGGGAUACACAUUGGAAUCACGGAAAUGCGCUUAAAAAACGAUAUGAUGCCAAAGACGACAUUUUGGCAGCUCUUCCUCAGAAUCCAAAGAAAACGACAAACGACCCAGACCUAAAGAUCAUGGACUUUGCGUUCCCUGUCCUCCAACCUUCCGAUGACCCUGCUCAACCUUCGGAUGAAUCCUGGCGCUUGUUUCUGGUUGUUGGCUCGCCCCAAUGGUCCGAAAAUAAGGCACUGUUUGUCGUUCAAGUUCACUUGUCCGGCAGUGAGUCCCGCGUGGUUUCUACGCACCCUGUAGAUCUACAUCAUGUUCCAGCUAUGCUCGAUGACCCAAAGCCCAGGAUUUUUGUUCCGAAACCAGAGGGAACCGCUUUUAUUCUCGUUGGUCAGUCUCUUGUUAUCCUGUCACUGACGAGCGUUGAAGAAACACCGACCUCGCAACUACUUCUUGAUUCAAAUAAGUUACCCCUGCCUUUCCAAGACACCAUCCACUUGCGAUCUGGCAAAGAGCAUGAAAUACUGGGGUUCACAUCAGAGGAUCAAUCGCAGGAUAUGCCUUGUGCGGCAUUUGUGCUUAUGCUUCGGAACUUCGGAGUGAUUCGUGUCACGGUACUACCUCGCCCCGAAGCCGAAGACGAUGUCGACGAGCUGCCUCAAGUUACUGCGAAGCACAAACUUGAGCAGGCUGUUUUCUUCGGGACCAUGGCAAAGAACCCGUUGGAUCUUUCCAGCGAUGGUGGCUUGGAUUUCCCUGCAUCAGAAAUUGAACAAGCAUCCUUAGAAAUAUGCAGGGAACUACUUCAUUCUGAAUCCCGCUUCAUUCCAAACACUACAAUCUCACUCGAGCAGCAUCUUCGACUGAGGGCAAAGGCAUUGGACGACCUUGCGUCCUUACUUCUACGCAGAGGAAACCCAUUGAGUCGUGCAGCAAAAUGGGAGCUGCUGUGGGCCGCUGAGAAAAUUGCAGCACAAAGGGCCAUGUGGAAGGUCCAGGAGGCCUAUAAAUGCAAGAGUGAGGAGUCUUUCCUUGGCCACGUCAUUGAAUCAAUGAGCAACAAUUUCAAGACCCAGAUUGACCCGCAAUACGGAGAGGCUGACUCGGUGCGUCAAUGGUUCCUGAGGGAUUCCUACCGCAUGGAGCAUAUUAUUCCAUGGAUCAAAAACGCUGUCAAACUCGGUCGAGCUGAAUCUUGCGAUGAUGUACUCGAAUCUCCUGAUCGUGCACGAAAUCUCUCACAACAGAUCCUCGAGGCCAGUGAGCUAUUCCUGGCAGUCAUGGAAACUGCUUUCCGGUAUCGCGAAGAGCACCUUGCGCUUUAUGGCUUAAGCGAAGACUUUGUGGAGGAUGGUGUUCUGUCCGAUGGAUAUGAGACUCUACCCGAGUUCUGGACAUCGAGAGGGGUGGGUUAUACCGAAGCAGGAAAGCUGCUCGAUUUGGAACUCGAUAGUCGACGUUCGUGGAACAGCGCAAACUUGUCGGGUGCAGAUUUCCCUGAUGCCCAGGUCCUAAACCAAACAGCAGCAAACAGCGCUCGGCAUCUCCGUGUUCUUGGUCAAAUGCACCAGGAGCGAACUCGAUGGCUUUCUGCUCAGGGAGAUCCAAAGCUUGUCGACGAGAGCUCUUUGCUCGAACAUAUGCAUGUCGAAAACCGCAAGUGGCACCUCUUUAAGUUGGCCGGUGUCGGUCAUCUUCAGGACGCUCUUAGGUUAGCAGAAAGCUUCCGAGAUAUGGAUGCCCUGGUCGAGUUGAUCGUCGAGCUUCAAGAUCAAAAGAAAAAUGGACCAGUUCAAGGGCCUUCAGAAGGUGCGCCGACAAGUGCAGAUCAGCUUGAUCCUGCGCAAUUGAUUUCCACUUACUUCGACAAGUUUGGAGACAUUUGGGCGGAUGCAUACUUCUUCCACAGAAUCAAGUUUGGUUACCCGGGAACGCUGCUUGCAAUGCGGAAAUACCAACCUGCCGUGACUCGGUUCCUCAGGAAAAACCCCGCAUAUUCUCGUUUGAGCUGGAUUAAUGAUGUGACGGGCGAGGAUGACUACGACUCUGCCGCAGCCUCACUGGAGAAUCUGGCGCUUAACAGUGAAAAGGACUUGUGGAGCCACCGUGUUGAAAUCUCGCUAGCCAAGCUAAGCAAGCUAGCAACAGAAGAGCGUAUGCAUCCACAGGUUCAGCCUUCUUUGGCCUUGCAAGGUGAUGUUAAACGACUUGAGGAUUACAUUGAGGUCGACGGAAUCCAGGAUACUCUCUAUGAGCACCUUCGACCAGUUUGGGAGGGCGCAAUUGACAGAAAGGCUGAGGCUGAACUGGCGCUCGAGUGCUAUGGGGGUCACCUACUCGAAGACCGGCCAUCGCUCCGUGAAAUUUUGAGUGAUACUCUCUCCACUCUUGUUAACAGACAGGUUGUAUCCGUCGACGAUCUGGUUGACCUUUUGACGUUGAUCGGCCCUGUGCAGCAUGCAGAGGACGGCGAUGAUGAAAUUGUAAAGAGCGAGUUCCAUCUAGCUCUACGGGUUCUUGAUCAUGGUCGCUAUGGCCAGCGAGACUCUUCGUACCUCGCGGCGUUGCAAAGGUUGAUAUGGCGACGGUGCAUGAUCAAGGAUGACUGGGUGGCUCGGGGCAAGGCUGCUGAAGGGUCCAAUGGCGAUUCCGUUAGCUCCAUCAGCGACACCUCCCUCUAUCGAACUUUGAACGCAUGCUUGGAGGAGGAUCCCAAAAAAUCAAGUUGCCCUUCCAUCUAUGCGGCUCUUUCUCCUACAGAAGCCCUGAUGGCUGAUACGGAUUCUGAUAUUCUUGUUUCACGGUUCCGCCCAGAGCAAAAAUCAAGAUUGGCGCUCGACCUUCAUACUGAAAACGACAUCUUACGCCAGUACAUUGAGGUCGGAAAGCUUGACUUCUGGUUCCAAAACCUUCUUGAAACGGCAGAAGCCCAGGGGUUAGCUCCUAAUGGACCUUUGGUCGAUGGUAGUGCUGGAGCUGAGGUUUAG